GUGGUGAGCCAGAUCGACCGACUGACGUCCGACUUUGAGUUUGAGCUGGAGCCAGACGACUGGACGACAGCGACAGCCAGCAGCACCUCCAGCAGCGAAAAGGGGGGAGGUACCUUCGAGCUGGGACCCCUCGAUUUCACCACCUCCGACGCCAGCCACAGCUCCCAUCAUCUCGCCAGCCCGAUUAUCACCGUCCAGCCGGCACGCGGGAACGGGUCCGAUUCAGCCCAGCCACAGCUCCCAUCAUCUCGCCAGCCCGAUUAUCGGCUGAUGAAUGGUGGGAUCCCCAUCACCAAUGGUCCCCGGGGUGGUGGAACCCCAGAUUCAUCCAGCGAGGAAACCUUUGGCACAACAAUCAGCCAGAAGACCCCACAUCACCGUCCAGCCGGCACGCGGGAACGGGUCCGAUUC